ACCCUCCUCUCCAACCAGCUUAGCAUUCACACAUUCUUUCUCACUCCCCUAGACUGUGCCUUUUCCCCGCUUCAAAGCUCAACUCCCUUGUUGGCGCUUGGCCAUGGUGGCGGCGAUUCUCCCCGAUCUCGGAACCGAGAUUCUGAUUCCGGUAUGUGCUGUUAUCGGAAUUGGGUUCGCUUUGUUUCAGUGGAUUCUCGUUUCAAGAGUCAAGCUCUCUGCUUCUAGCGACAGUUCUCCGAAUAGCAAGAAUGGGUACAAUGAUUAUCUCAUCGAAGAAGAGGAAGGGAUCAACGACCACAGUGUCGUCAUAAAAUGUGCUGAAAUUCAGGGCGCUAUAUCAGAAGGGGCAACGUCUUUUCUCUUCACCGAAUAUAAGUAUGUGGGAAUCUUCAUGGUGGCUUUUGCAAUCUUGAUAUUCCUUUUCCUUGGUUCUGUGGAGGGAUUCAGUACAAGCCAACAACCUUGCACCUAUGACAAAACUAAAAUGUGUAAGCCGGCUCUUGCAACUGCGAUUUUCAGCACUGCAUCUUUCGUGCUUGGUGCAGUCACGUCAGUUAUUUCUGGUUUCCUUGGGAUGAAAAUUGCUACUUAUGCCAACGCACGAACCACACUGGAGGCAAGAAAGGGCGUUGGGAAGGCCUUCAUCACUGCAUUUAGAUCUGGUGCAGUUAUGGGAUUUCUCCUAGCUGCAAAUGGUCUUUUGGUUCUGUACAUUGCUAUCAACUUGUUCAAGCUUUACUAUGGUGAUGACUGGAGUGGUCUUUUCGAGGCCAUCACUGGCUAUGGUCUGGGUGGGUCUUCUAUGGCUCUGUUUGGCAGAGUUGGUGGAGGCAUUUAUACUAAGGCCGCUGAUGUUGGUGCCGACCUUGUUGGCAAGGUUGAAAGAAACAUUCCUGAGGAUGACCCAAGAAAUCCAGCUGUGAUAGCAGAUAAUGUUGGUGAUAAUGUUGGUGAUAUAGCUGGAAUGGGAUCUGACCUUUUUGGUUCAUAUGCCGAAUCAUCCUGUGCUGCUCUAGUUGUUGCCUCCAUCUCCUCAUUUGGGGUGAAUCAUGAGUUGACUGCAAUGUUGUUUCCUCUCAUUAUCAGUUCCGUGGGAAUCGUUGUUUGUUUGCUCACCACCUUAUUUGCAACUGACUUCUUUGAGAUAAAGACUGUUAAGGAAAUUGAGCCAGCAUUGAAAAAACAACUCAUUAUUUCCACUGUUUUGAUGACUAUUGGGAUUGCAAUUGCUAGUUGGAUUGCACUUCCAUCUUCCUUCACUAUAUUCAACUUCGGAGACCAGAAAGAUGUGAAGAAUUGGCAGCUAUUUUUGUGUGUUGCUGUUGGUCUGUGGGCAGGGCUAAUUAUUGGAUUUGUGACUGAGUACUAUACCAGCAAUGCUUACAGCCCUGUGCAAGACGUUGCAGACUCCUGCAGGACUGGUGCUGCUACCAACGUUAUAUUUGGCCUUGCCUUGGGAUACAAGUCUGUCAUCAUUCCAAUUUUUGCCAUAGCAGUUGGCAUUUUUGUUAGUUUCAGCUUUGCUGCCAUGUACGGUAUUGCAGUUGCUGCACUUGGGAUGUUGAGUACCAUAGCUACUGGUUUGGCCAUUGACGCGUAUGGUCCAAUCAGUGACAAUGCUGGUGGUAUUGCUGAGAUGGCAGGCAUGAGUCACAGAAUUCGAGAGAGGACUGAUGCUCUUGAUGCCGCAGGAAACACAACUGCUGCUAUUGGAAAGGGGUUUGCAAUUGGUUCUGCCGCCCUGGUGUCUCUUGCACUUUUCGGUGCUUUUGUGAGCAGAGCUGCUAUUUCAACUGUUGAUGUGCUGACUCCGAAGGUUUUUAUUGGUUUAAUUGUGGGCGCUAUGCUUCCUUACUGGUUUUCUGCUAUGACCAUGAAGAGUGUUGGAAAGGCGGCUUUGAAGAUGGUUGAGGAAGUACGCAGGCAAUUCAACACCAUGCCAGGUUUGUUAGAGGGAACCACCAAGCCUGACUAUGCCACAUGUGUGAAGAUCUCCACUGAUGCUUCCAUUAAGGAGAUGAUCCCCCCUGGUGCUCUUGUCAUGCUUACGCCUCUCAUCGUUGGAAUAAUUUUUGGCGUUGAAACGCUAUCUGGUGUUCUUGCUGGAUCCCUUGUAUCUGGCGUACAGAUUGCUAUCUCAGCUUCCAACACUGGUGGUGCGUGGGAUAAUGCCAAGAAAUACAUUGAGGCUGGUGCUACUGAACAUGCAAGAACACUUGGUCCAAAAGGGUCAGAUCCACACAAAGCAGCUGUUAUUGGUGACACCAUUGGUGACCCUCUCAAGGAUACAUCUGGACCCUCGCUUAACAUUCUGAUCAAGCUCAUGGCUGUCGAGUCUCUUGUGUUUGCUCCUUUCUUCGCUACCCACGGUGGCCUGAUCUUCAAGAUAUGAACUUUGAUUGCGACGAGGGUAACCUGUAAUUUCGAUAUAUAAAUGGCCAAAGAAGAAAAACAAACAGAAAACAAGUCCUUCUACCAUGUCUGUGUUGUUGCUCUUUUAACUCUCUUGUACUUCCCACUCUUUCUUUUUCCGCUAUUUCCCCGCACCCCUCCCAGCAAAACCCAAGUAUAUCUGUCCUCCUAUCGUGUGAGUUGUUGAGAUAGUUAACUAGGCUGAAUUGUUAUAGGAAAUUUUCCUUGUAAAGGGGAGGUUGAUGAUGAUGAUGAUUUUCAAUCUCCAGUUCGAAUAGUUCCACCUGCUUGUCAUUUGAGAUUUAUCAGAACAUUUUGUCAAUAUAUUAGUUAAUAUUCCCUUGA